UGUUGAUAUUCUGAAUACUGCAUUGUUUCUGAUCACUAGUUUUUUUUUAAUUUUGUGGUAAAUAUUGCAAUGUAACAAUUUUCAUAACUUAAAAAGUAUUAUUUAUAAAUUAAAGUUUUUGAUGCUGGGUUGGUUACGUGAUAAAAUCUAUAAACGUCUUAGUGAAUCUAGACAAGCAACUCGUCGUACAUCUGUGGUUGGCUCUGACAGAAAUGAUUCUAAUCCAGACUCUGGUAAUCUUAGCUCGCCGACUCCCCCGUUGAAUAUGGACGUUACAGACACAAAUAGAAUAACGUUGCACAUAAUAUAUUUGGGUGAAAUAUGGGUUGUUAAUAUUGACCACAAUAAAAUGCUCUCUGAUCUACUAAAAAUGGCAUUAGGCCAUUUCUUAGAUCUAGCAAGUUUAUUGGGUGAAGAAGAAUCAACUUCAAAGUUCAAGUUCAUAUCAGUCUCAAAGAAAAAGGUUUUGAACCUCCAGUGUUCAAUAGUGGAUGAAGGGCUUACAAACUAUGAUGAAAUAUUGCUGACGGAAAGAAUAUCAAUAGGUUCAUCAGUCUCAGCCAAGUUAACAAUACAUGACAUCAAAGGUCCAACAGUACAAGACAUAUUUGCCCUGGGGCCCUUUAAAGUUUCCUUUGUUUCGCAAGAUGAAAUAUUGCUGACGGAAAGAAUAUCAAUAGGUUCAUCAGUCUCAGCCAAGUUAACAAUACAUGACAUCAAAGGUCCAACAGUACAAGACAUAUUUGCAGCCACUGCCAAUCUUCCAAAAAAGAAUACAAUUCAAGUUGUACCUGCUUUGGAGUGUCAGGACAGUUUUCAGGUUGAAAUCCGAAAGGUAUUGUAUUCAUUAGUAGAAGCUUCAGCUAAAAUUUUAGCUCAAACACCUGAUGCUAAAGUCAUAUUUUCUGGCAUAGCUGCUAGAAUUGACGCCAAAUACAAGAAAGAAAUAGAUGAGAACGCAAUCAAAUAUUUAGUGGAUCUGGGAUUCACUGAGGUUCAAGCGAGAUAUGCCUUGCGUUUAAAAAGGAACCGUCAAGUGGAAGCGAUGGAGUGGCUGCUGGAGAACAGCCACCGAGUGAAGGACAUUCCGGACGAAGACAACUCCAAGUUGGACCCGGAAGAUGAGAGUGAUAACCCGGUGGCUAUCAUAGAGCGAUUGUUGCGUAACAUGUUGGACUUCCAGCGACGCCACUUUGAGCCCAACAGUAGAGCGGUGGAAGCACUCACUGCUAUGGGGUUUAGCCAGGACGAUGUGAUAGAGGCACUCAGGGCUACCAACAACAACCAGGUGGCUGCUUGUCAGUGGUUGUGUGGUGAGAGAGAGGACAGCAUUGCUGCUACAUCUCCUGGUCUAGACAAGGACGGCCCAAUGUACAAGGCUUUGAUGACCAAUCCAACUGUUCAACUUGGACUGUACAACCCCAAAGUCUUAUUAGCGUUCCUCAGUAUCCUAGACAACUUUUCAAGCGCCAACCUGUGGCUGAACGAUGUUGACACUUCUGUGGUGUUGGGUCAGGUGUUCAAGACAUAUCACUCAGAGAAACACAUGAUUAUUGUCAAUCAACAAAUUGAACUGAUGAAGAGAGCCAACGCUUCUUGACUCAGUUGUUGCAUUUUUUGUUCAGGCUGUGAUUUAAUUUAAUAAAUUUAGUUACACAGUA